AUGAACAUCCGCCGUGCUCGGCCCGAUGAUCUGAUGAACAUGCAGCACUGCAACCUGCUGUGCCUGCCCGAGAACUACCAGAUGAAGUACUACUUCUACCACGGCCUCUCUUGGCCCCAGCUCUCCUACAUUGCUGAGGAUGAGGAUGGCAAGAUCGUGGGCUAUGUCCUGGCCAAGAUGGAGGAGGACCCUGAUGAUGUCCCUCAUGGACACAUCAUCUCACUGGCUGUGAAACGCUCCCACCGGCGCCUCGGCCUGGCCCAGAAGCUGAUGGACCAGGCCUCACGGGCAAUGAUCGAGAACUUCAGCGCCAAGUAUGUAUCCCUGCACGUGAGGAAGAGCAACAGGGUGGCCCUGCACCUUUAUUCCAACACCCUGAACUUCCAGGUUAGUGAGGUGGAGCCCAAGUACUAUGCAGAUGGAGAAGAUGCAUACGCCAUGAAACGAGAUCUCUCCCAGAUGGCAGAGGAGCUGAGACGGCAGCUGGUGCUGAAGAAGGGCAGAUACGUGGUUCUGGGUUCCAAGGAGAAUCAGGGCAGCACACUUCCUGGUUCUGAAGAGGCCAGUCAGCAGAACCUGGCUGGAGAUGACAGUGGCAGUGACAGCAAAGACAGCGCUGAUGUCCAAGACAGCGUGCAAGACUUGGAUUCCACCUCCUAG